GGCGGGGUUUAAAGCCCUGGCAGCCGCAGAUAGAGAGGUUCUUCGAUGAGGUCCUCCUAGUAACGAGGCCGACAGAGAGGUGAGGGGAGGAUGAUCUGAUAGUUAACGGAUUAUUAUAAAGAUUAACACUGCCAGUGCACCAGCAGCGAACAGUCACACACUCAGGAGCAGCUCUUUUCUCUCUUCACGAUGGCUGAGACUAAGGGGAAAUUCGACUUUGCCAUCGACCGGGGUGGCACCUUCACCGAUGUGUUUGCCCGGCUGCCCGAUGGUCGAGAAAGAGUCCUGAAGCUGCUGUCCCGGGACCCCCAGAACUACAAAGACGCUCCCACUGAGGGGAUCCGUAGAGUACUGGAACAGGAAACAGGGCAGGUCUUUCCUCGCGACCAGCCUGUAGAUACCGCUAUGAUUGGCUGGAUCCGAAUGGGAACAACAGUGGCAACUAACGCGCUCCUGGAGAGAGAGGGAGAAAGGACCGCGCUCUUGGUCACACUGGGCUUCAAGGACUUGUUGCACAUUGGCACACAGGCCAGGCCAAAACUAUUUGAUUUGGAGGUGGCAGUUCCUGAAGUGCUUUACGAGGAGGUAAUAGAGGUGGAUGAGCGAGUCGUCCUCAGGCAAGAUGGCUGCCAGCUGCCCAGACAAGAUCCCAAACGUAUUGUCAAAGGCAGUACAGGCGAUUCUCUGGAGGUGUGGAGGGAGCUGGAUCUGGAGCGAGUGGAAAAAGACCUGAGAGGAGUUCUGUCUCGCGGGAUCACCAGUCUGGCUGUGCUUCUGCUGCACUCAUACACAUGGUCCGAUCAUGAGAAAGCAGUGGGCGCUUUGGCACGUCGUCUGGGCUUCACCCAGGUUUCUCUGUCCAGCGAGGUCAUGCCCAUGGUGCGGGCGGUCCCUCGGGGCUACACUGUCUGCGCCGAUGCCUACCUCACACCCAAAAUUCAUCAGUAUUUAAAAGGCUUUACCUCUGGGUUCAAGGGCGGCCUGAAGGAUGUGGAUGUCCUGUUCAUGCAGUCAGAUGGUGGUCUGACACCCAUGGAGCAGUUCUGCGGUUCACGGGCCGUUCUGUCCGGCCCAGCAGGGGGUGUGGUGGGAUACGCUAUCACCUCUUACAGCCAGAUGGAGAAAAAACCUGUGAUUGGCUUUGACAUGGGUGGAACAUCCACUGAUGUAAGCAGGUAUGCAGGCCAAUAUGAACACGUGUUCGAGGCUACAACAGCUGGAGUCACCCUGCAGGCACCUCAGCUGGACAUCAACACUGUGGCUGCAGGCGGAGGAUCACGACUCUUCUUCAGAUCAGGGAUGUUUGUGGUUGGACCAGAGUCUGCAGGUGCACAUCCAGGACCAGCCUGUUACAGGAAAGGUGGCCCUCUGACUGUAACCGAUGCCAACUUAGCCUUGGGUCGCCUCCUCCCCUCCUUCUUCCCAAAGAUCUUUGGUCCCGGGGAGAACGAACCACUGUCAUUGGAAGAAACCAUGAAGCAUUUCCAUCUUCUGGCCCAGGAGAUCAACCUCUUCCUGUCUUCUAACAAAUCACAGGUUACCACAAAUGGGCCCAACCAGUCGCACAACAGCACGUCAGAGAUGAGUGUGGAGGAGGUUGCUAUGGGAUUCAUUCGUGUUGCAAAUGAGGCCAUGUGCCGGCCAAUCAGAGCUCUGACACAGGCUAAAGGCCAUGAUACAUCUCAACAUGUGCUGGCUUGUUUUGGGGGUGCAGGUGGCCAACAUGCAUGCGCUAUUGCCCGAGCCCUGGGGAUGAAGACUGUCUUUAUACAUAAAUACAGCGGCGUGCUGUCAGCCUAUGGUCUGGCUCUAGCUGACGUGGUGGAGGAAGUGCAGGAGCCGUGCUCACUGAAGUAUGAACAGGACUCUUUCGGCAAGCUCGAUCAGAGGGUGGAGCGGCUCUCGAAACGCUGCCACGAUACACUUUGUACACGUGGAUUCACCAGCGGCCAGAUAACCAUUGAGGUUUUCCUUCACCUGCGUUACGAGGGCACCGACUGCGCUCUCAUGGUUACCGCUGCCACUUACCCCAGCAACGCCCAAUCCUGUCUAUCUGGAGACUUCAAAAGUGCCUUCACCAAGCGUUAUCUGACGGAGUUUGGAUUCACCAUCCCAGACAGACCAAUCAUGGUUGAUGACAUCAGAGUGAGGGGUUGUGGGAAAUCUGGAAUCAAAUCGGUGUAUAAAACAAAGAUGGGACAUGGACAGGCCAAGCCAGUCACGACGACCAAGUGUUACUUUGAGGAAGGUUACAUGGACACCAGUGUGUAUCUAUGGGAGGAGCUACCAUGUGGUCAAAGCAUCCAGGGACCAGCCAUCAUCAUCGACAAAAACAGUACCAUCCUGGUGGAGCCGUGCUGUGAGGCCCGUCUGACAGAAGGGGGCGAUGUUUGUAUGACUGUAGGCUCCGACCCUCACUACGCCCUUGGCACUGAGCUCAACACUGUGCAGCUGUCCAUCUUCUCCCACCGCUUCAUGAGCAUAGCAGAACAGAUGGGUAGAGUUCUCCAAAGAACCUCCAUCUCCACCAACAUCAAGGAACGUCUCGACUUCUCCUGUGCUGUGUUCGGGCCAGAUGGUGGUUUAGUGUCAAAUGCACCCCAUAUCCCUGUCCACCUGGGAGCCAUGCAGGAGACCGUCCAGUACCAGAUCAGAUCAUUAGGGAACACGCUGAAAGAAGGCGAUGUGAUUCUGAGUAACCACCCAUGCGCUGGGGGCAGCCACCUCCCAGACCUCACAGUCAUCACACCGGUGUUUAGGAAAGGGGUGAGUGGGCCAGUGUUCUUUGUAGCCAGCAGGGGGCACCAUGCUGACAUUGGAGGCAUCACCCCGGGCUCCAUGCCCCCCCACUCCACCUCUCUACAGCAGGAGGGUGCCGUCUUCACUUCCUUUAAACUCGUCACAGGGGGCAUCUUCCAGGAAGAGGCUGUAACUGAAGCGCUGAUGGCUCCGGCCCAGUACCCAGACUGCUCUGGGACUCGUAAUCUGCAUGACAACCUGUCAGACCUGCGAGCUCAGGUGGCAGCCAAUCAGAGAGGCAGCCAGCUGGUGGGGGAGUUGAUUGACAGUUAUGGGUUAGCCGUGGUCCAGGCCUACAUGGGAUACAUUCAGAGUAACGCAGAGCUGGCAGUGAGGGACAUGCUGAGAGACUUUGCACGUCGUCGACGGCAACAGACUGGCUCGUUGGAGGUGGAGUCGGAGGAUUUCAUGGAUGAUGGGACGCCAAUCAGACUGCGGGUUCAGAUAAAUGAAGAAGAGGGCAGUGCGGUGUUUGACUUCACAGGAACGGGAACAGAGGUUUGGGGGAACUGCAAUGCUCCACGCGCCAUCACACUCUCUGCCCUCAUCUACUGCCUGCGCUGUAUGGUCGGACAGGACAUCCCCCUUAAUCAGGGCUGUCUUGCACCAAUUAAAGUCAUCAUACCCCCUGGCUCAAUCCUUCAGCCCUCCCAGAAUGCAGCUGUGGUUGGAGGAAAUGUACUCACAUCCCAGAGAGUGGUUGACGUCAUAUUUAGGGCUUUUGAGGUGUGCGCCGCUUCUCAGGGCUGCAUGAACAACAUUUCAUUUGGCAGUGAGAGGAUAGGUUACUAUGAGACAGUUGCUGGUGGAGCGGGGGCCGGGCCAGGCUGGAGUGGGCGGAGUGGAGUUCACAGUCACAUGACCAACACCCGCAUCACUGACCCUGAGAUUCUGGAGAAGAGAUAUCCAGUCAUUUUAGAGCAGUUCUCUCUGCGGCCUGGUUCAGGAGGUGCAGGAAAAUACUGCGGUGGAGACGGUGUAAUGCGGAAACUUUUGUUCAGGAGCAAGGUGGUUCUGUCUGUACUGACCGAGAGGAGAUCCACCCGCCCCUACGGCCUCCAGGGGGGUGAGGAGGGUGCAGCAGGGCUGAACCUGCUUCACAGGGCAGACGGCCGAGUCCUCAACCUGGGAGCCAAAACCAGCAUCAGCCUUCAGCCUGGGGACAUGUUCUGCCUCUAUACCCCUGGAGGAGGGGGGUACGGAAUAGAGGAGGAUGUGAACAGGAGACCCCAGACCAAGCGCAGGCGCUUAAAUAAGACUUUCCCCGAGAGAGGAAGCGUCUUUGAAUACCGAAUGGCACAAGAGGGAGUGUGAAAAGAAAUAAGAAAGAGAGGUAGAGUUAACAGACAGGCCAGAAUAGGAGAAGGAAAUUACUCAAGCAGAGUGAGGGCUGGGAAAGACAACCAGAGUGGGGCUCUUUGUCAAAGGUGGAAAGAUUAUUUAAAGUGACUGAAAAAAAACAGUGGCAACAAGCAUUAUAGUGUGAGGAAUAAAGAAAGCACAUACUAAAGUUAGCUAAACAACUGAAGCCUAGAAACAGAAAUGUCACAUUAUCAUGGUUUAUGGAACAAAUUCACAGGCCAGGUGACUGAAUAGGAACAGAUCAGGCUAUAACAUUAGGCAGAUUUGUGUGAUGGACACAAAACAUGUUGAUCAGAUAAAUUUAACAUUUUGUUUGUUAAUUGGAAUAUUUUUCUUAUUAGACAAGAAAAAUCUCAGUAACCCCAAGAAAGUUUUGCAGUCCUGUUUUGAUAAUAAGUAUUUGCCGUGUUAGCCAACACAUUGUGUAUAUUUUUGCCUACUGUAAUGUUUUUCACUUUUUAAAUGGUUUCCAAUCUAAAACUGGUCAAACAUGUGAAACAUGCUAAUCUGUUUUUACCUGGAUCAAUAACUUAGCUAACACCAUGAGGUUCUUACUGUUCUGUUAUUUUAACAGGACAAAUAAACCCAGUUUCUACUAAUGACGUUGCCCUUGUCCCCCCCCAGUCCUGUCUUUCAAAGAAAACGGUUUAAUUUAAUUAUUUCUGGUUGUAAGACAGGGGGAAUCUGUUUGGUGAAAUGAUUGCAAAGAUUUAGCAAAUCAUACUGUGAAAUUCAAUUGUGACGUGGUUCUUUUAGCAUGCUCUAUCUCCAUAUCAUUUUAAUAAUGUAAUGUUGCUCUUGUUGCAUGUAACAUUGAUUUGACUUAUCAAAAAUAUUUGUUUAUUGCGUAAGCUGUUCAAAUUAUUUGAGCCUUUACUGCUGCCAGGUGUUAUUGAUCAGGGACUUGCAACAGUUACACGUACAACACACCAACAUCCAGUCAUGCAUCCAAACAAACAUUCUGGCUUGUAGAGAUACAACCCAGAAUGUGUGUUUGGGGGGGUCCCUGUUUAAGUGGUGUCCCCUCCUCCCAUCUUUUGGUCAGGAAUGAUUUGGGAGAAGAGGAGGAAGGAUGGUGAGGGAGUGCAGGCAUGCGUAGGCAGCUGAUAAAGAGAUAGUGGAAACAGCAGGAGGCUGACGGCUGCUGGACUGUUGAUGUAAAUCAGCUGUGUGUGCUGGAAACUCCAAUGCAGAGGCCACGGACUGUGGAUCAAAGAUAGUUUCCUUGUUUAUAGUUCACAAUUCCUGUGGUAAAACAAUCUAUCAUAAUAAGAGGAUUUGAGACACCCCCUGCUGCUGCCUGGAACAAUCUCUCCAUCUUUACACUUAUAGGAGAAUGUGAGACACAAGCAUGAAUCAAGACAAAGUCCUUAUUUAUGACAAAAUAUCCAGUUAAUUCAAAUGCUUUGUCAAAGAAGAAAAUUGCAACACUUGCAUCAGCCAAUCUGUCUGGAGAUGGAAAAGCAUCUACAUAAUAUUUUGUUGGUUACAUUAUAACAGCAUGCCAUUAGUAAUGCUCAGACUAAUAGCAGCACUAAUAACAGAACUAGUGGCUUCUGUAUGUUAGGAAACAGAGUGAAAUUGUAAAAGUGGGAAAACACUAAAGUUAAGCAACAAAACAAUUUCUCAGAUUGUUUAAGUAUCUCCAUUUUCUGUUACUUUAUACUUCUCAGAAGGAAAUAUUGUACUUUUUACUCCAUUGAUUUUGACAGCUGGAGUUACUUUACAAAUUAGGAUUUUUUUUUAAACUAAAAAAAAUAAGACAUUGGUAAAGAUAAAACUCAACAAAAUAUAAAAUUGUCCAAAUUAGUUCCACCGUGGCCAGCUACAAUAAUAAAAUUAUAUUUACAUAUGUUACAAUCUAAUGUCAUGUUAUGCAACUCACAUUUUUACUUUUCAUUUGAAUAUUUAUAUCCUGCUAGUUUUACAAGUGCAUAUUUUACAUUUUAGGCACCAAAUGACUACAAAGUCAGAUGGGAGGCUAUUGUGGUGUUUUUACAUUAUACUGUGCAUCUCUCAUGCACCUCCUGAUGUUACUGCUUCAACUCUUCCUCUAGCUGCCAUGAGAAUUUAGAACUUUGUAUUUACCAAUGGGAAAGAUGCCACCAUGACUGUCUGAAAGUCUUAAUUUAUGCAACUUAAAAAUACACUUUGCGCCAAGACAGUUUCCUCGAUUGGAGCACAAGUUCUCAAUUCAAAAUGGUCAAAUUCUACAAUAUGGAAGAAAAAGACUGUAGCAAAGUAAAUACAGUGACAAAGUAGAAUCCAACAUGUACGAAUAACAUGAACAUAAAGUUGUUUGAGAUUGUGCAGUUUUCAUUAACUUGUUUCUAUACACACACACCAUUGAGCAGCACAGUUAAAAUAAACAGCGUUUUAUUACA